UAUAAUAAGUAAAGAAGGCAGCUGCUGGCUACAAGAACAAAAACUACAGCAACAGCAACAACAACAACGAACAGCGUUUGUGGGAGAAAGGCAAAAGCUGUUUGGUGCAUUAUAUUUUGGUUAUCAACUUUGACGGAAUCCCCAACAACAACAAACAACAAAUGCUGUGUCGCUCUAAUCAGCAGCAGCGCAGCAGCAGCAGUAGCAGCAGCAGUAUGUCGACAGCGUUGGCGACAGCGACUGCAGCAGCAGCAGUGGCAGCAGCGAGCAGCAGCAGCGCUGCUGCUAGCUCUGGUGAGAAGAACUUGUUGAAUGGCCUAAAUAAGCUGCGCUCGCAGGGCAAACUAACUGAUGUGAAAUUAAUUGUUGAAGACCAUUGUUAUCAGGCUCAUCGCGUGGUGCUGGCGGCCAGCAGCGAUUACUUUUGCGCCAUGUUUGCCGACAGCGAUAUGAUUGAGUCGCGCCAGAAAGAGAUUAAGCUAUAUGGGAUGACACCACGCGCCAUGGGACGCAUUAUACUAUUUAUAUAUACAUCAAUGCUGGAUCUGAACGAGGACAAUGUGGAGGAGACGCUGGCAGCGGCUACACAUGUGCAGGUGAAGGAGGUGAUCGAACGCUGCACCAUGUAUCUGGAGGAGAAAAUAGGCAUGGUCAACUGCCUGGCCAUAGCCAGUUUGGCUGAGAUUUAUGGGCAGCAGGCGCUGGCCGAGCGCGCUUAUCGUUAUAUAUGCGCGCAUUUCAAGGAAUUCGCGGCUAGCGCUGAUUUCAAGGAUCUCAAGCUGGAACAGCUGCACUAUAUACUGUUCAGCAACUAUCCGAUUGAUGUUAGCGAGCUGGAGCUGCUGCAGCUGAUCUGCCGCUAUGCGCUGGAGCAGCAGCUGGACGAUAAUGCGCUGCAUGAGCUGCUGCAUCUAAUCAAAUGGCAGUAUAUACACUAUGAGGAGCUAAAGACGCUGCGGCAAAUGCAUCACUCGCUGGUCGAGGAGUUUUUGCCGCCGCAGGACGAUGCUGAGUCGAGUGUUGAGCUGCUGCCCGAACAGGGACCCACCAAUAUGCGCGGCAUGGAGCUGAGUCUGCUCAAGAUUGGCGGCUUCGAGUGCAAGGGUCUGACCAAUGAGAUCAUGUGCUUCUCGCCCACCAAAAUGAAAUGGUAUGAGCUCACCUCCAUACCGCACAUCGAUCAGUGCAAUUUCGGCACCGCUGUGCUGAACAACGAGUUGUUUGUUGUGGGCGGCGCCUAUGAUGUGUGCCUCAAGGAGUAUAUACAUCCAUUUGGCUUUCGCUAUUGCCCGCUGCGCGACUCUUGGGUCACCAUAGCGCCCAUACAACUGGAUCGCUGUCGCUUCUCGCUGAAUGCUGUGGGCAAGCAGCAUCUCUAUGCAGUUGGUGGCAUUGUCGAGCACGAUGACAACUCGGAGGAGGCGCUGCGUCGCAUGUCCAAUGUGGAGCGCUAUGACAUCGUGAGCAACACCUGGACCUAUAUGCCCAGUCUGCAGGAGAAUCGCAGCCAGCACGCGGGCGUUGUUGUUGGCGAUAAGCUUUACAUCUCGGGCGGCAUUCACUUGGCCAACAUUUUGGCCAGCAUGUGGUGCUUCGACACCAGCAGCGAGCAGUGGCUGGAGCUGGCGCCCAUGCCCACACCCUGCUGCGAUCAUGUGCUGGUCGCCAUCGAUAAUCACAUCUAUGCCUGCGGCGGCUGGCACGAGACGCUGCGUGAAUCUCGCGUGCUCGUCGAGCAUAUCUACGCUUAUGAUAUACAGAACAACAGCUGGCGUGUGGAAACCAAAAUACCCGCACCCAAGUUUUACUCGGGGGUGACCUCAAUGCGUCGCACUAUUUUCUUUGUUGGCGGCUUGGACUCCACCGAGUCAAUUGAUCGCGCUAGCUCCGAGACUAUGGCUUAUGAUUUGGAUACCAGCAACUGGUGGCAUCGCAAGGACUCGUGGGAUACGCCCAACGAUGUCUGGGAGUCCACCUGUGCGGCCAUCUAUGUGCCCAGCUUUAAUGCUUAACGAAUUUUUAGUUACGCCUAAUUUAUUUUAAAUCAAAUCAAGUCCUGUAUAUUUACCAGUUUACCAGUUGUGCCAAAAUGUUACAACCUGGUAAAUAUUUAAAUAAUUUAGUAAACAAUUUUUAGGCAAGUUUUUUAGGCAUACACUACUAC